AUGGAGUAAUUACUGUCAAUUUAACCAGAUGGAAUCUUGAGGUUUGAGUUACAAAACAAUUAAUAUGUUGCAAGAAUAGUGUUAUAGAAUGUUUCAGCAAUCUUUGUAGCUUUUAAAGUUAGAUUAAGCAAUCAAAAUGAUUAUAGUGUUAAACCAAAUAUAGGAGUCUUGAGAGCUGGCAAUAGUGUAACCUUGUAAUUAACAACGAGUAAUGCCAUCACUAUUAACAUGGAUCGUGUUUAGAUACUGGCUGGACCCAUAACUAUCAAUGAAGAUGUGGUUUAAUUUUUCAAAAACCAGCAGAGAUUGAAUCAAAGAAUCAUUAAAUGUUCCACUGAUGACGCUUCCUCCUUGUAAUCCACUGUCUUCAAAUCUUCUAUAUCUCCUUAAGAAAUUAAUGAUUUUAAAACAACUACCAUUAAAACAGAAUAUGUAAAACCUCAAAAGAAACAACAACAAUCAAAAGAUAUUUUGAGUUUGGAAGAUCAAAUUAAAAAAAUUGUAAAAAUUACGAAUGUAUAUAUUUAGAGCGAGGAUCUCAAAGUCAUUAAAGAUAAACAGAAUGACGGCAAGAUAACUGUUGGCAUUAAGUAAUUCUUAAUAUCCAUCUUAAUCUCAAUGAUUGUUGGAGUAUAUAUAACUUAUAGAUAAUAUAGAUGA